AUGAAAAGACUGAAAAGUCUAGAUAAUUUGCUUGUAGUGAAAUUAGGUUUUAUUGAAAACUCAGAUUUCUUUUUAAGAAGGGGAGAGAAAUUGAUUUUUAAAAAGUUAGCUAGAUCCAAUUCUUAAGACUAAAUUGUUACUAGUACAAUUUUUCAAAAUGCAUAAUAAACUGCUAUCUUCUAUUAUCUUCAAUUUACCAUAUUAGUACCAUUUUAUUCAGACUUAUUUCACACGCACAAAAUGUUUAGUAAUUAUCUGUGUUUUGCGUUUUUAUCUAGAUCAUUCUUUUUUAUAUAAUCUAAGUUAAGCCUUCCAAACCGAAUAUGCCUUUUUUUUAGAUUAAUAUUUUAAAAAUUAGUUUUUAAGUUUCCCACUUGUAGUUUCGUCCAUCUAAGAGGUCCAAAUAUCCCUCCAAAUCUAGUUUCGAAGUUGCCACUGGAACUUAAACUUUUUUCUACUUUUCCAUUUUUAUUCAUUCAUAUCCUUAUCCUCAUUUAAUUUCUUCAGUUUUUGGUUGUUUCUUUUAAUUGCGAUUAGAAUAAUUAUUUGACCCCCCUAAUUUUAUAAUGUUUUUCAAUGCAUUUUCUCGAAUUUUAUUUUUAUUGUCCUUUAAUUUGUUCCCCAUAUCAGAAUUUAUUUGGCUAAGAAUUUACCGACCAUAAGGUAAUGAAAUAGCACUUGAAAGCUGGAUUCUCCUAAGUUCUAAGCCCUUCCAAAAUUUCAUACCUUGUAUAUUACAGAUGAUUUCCCUCGUUUUUUGAACGCAUUGAUUUCACCAUUCUAGAUUGCUUCCUUGACUCGAAAAUAACUUUUGCUGUAGACAAAAGUUCAAUUUGUAAUGAAGNCCUGAAGAUUCAAACUAUUAUAAUGGCAAAGGUAAAAUGAUUGACUUGAAUUUUAUUAGCCGAAACAUUAAAAUACUUGAAUAGAUUUGAAGAAGCAUUGGAAAACUAUGAUUUAGCAAUUUAGAAGAAUCCAGAAGAUUUUGAUUAUUAUAUCAACAAAGGUAGAAUAAAAUUUGCAUGAUUACUUAGCUAUUACUCUAGAUGAAAUGGAUAGAUUCGAAGAAGCUUUGGAACACUUUGAUUUGGCAAUUCAGAAAAACCUAGAGGAUCCUGACUAUUAUAAUUACAAAGGUAUUAAUGGUUAUGAACGAUUACUAGCGGUUACUUUAGAUAAAAUGAACAGAUUAGAAGAAGCAUUAAAAUACUAUGAUUUAGCAAUUUAAAAAAACCCAGAAGAGUCUUAUUUUUAUUUCAACAAAGGUAUUAGUAUUAUGUUUAAGUUUAUAGCUAAUACUCUAGAUAAAAUGAACAGAUUGAAAGAUGCUUUGGAAAACUAUGAUUUGGCAAUUUAGAAAAACCCUUAAGAUUCAAACUAUUAUUAUGGAAAAGGUAAUAUUAUUAAGGUAAAUUGUGUUAGCUGAUGUGUUAAAAUAAAUGAAUAGAUUUGAAGAGGCUUAGAAAUAUUAUAAAUUAGCGGCCUCAAAAUAAAGAAAGCUAAAGUGA